AUGUACGAAAACGGAGAAGAUUCAUUCGAUGAGGAUGAUUUUAUUUUCAACGAAUACACUAUUGACGAUACAUUGGACAGUCUUUCCCGUUUGGAAAAGUACUACAACUCUGAUUUCUCUCUUCAGAGACUUGUACUUCUCAGAGAUGUUCACGACACAGCAGUAGAGGCCGGAUACAAGGAAAGCGUUAAACGUCUAUUACCUCUCCUUCAAAACUUUGUUUCAGACACCGAGCCAGUGGUACGACAAGUUUUCGCUGAAAAGCUUUAUCCUUUAGCCACAUUCUUCUUGGAAAAUGGAGGUGAAGAAGGAUACAAUGAACUUAUUAAUACUUUUAUUCCAUACACCUUUGAAUUGAUCAUUGAUAAGAAUACUGAAGUUGGAAAUAGUGCCACAGAGGCUUUGGUUAAAAUUUCAAAGCUGAUAAAACAAAAUCACAUCGAGCCACAAUUAUUAUCAGUCAUUGUGAAUUUGGCUCAUGAUGAGAGAGUGGAGGAAUACCGUAUUGCUGCAGCAAAAUUAUUCAAUGAAUUGGCUCCUCAAUUCGGACCUGAUUUAGUUAAAGAGGUUGUGGUACAAGAGAUUAUUUCUCUUAGCGACGACCCAUCACUCUUGGUAAGAAAGACUGUCUCACAAUCAUUGAAUUUGAUCUGUCAACAAAUUGGUCCAGAGUUAACUGUUACAAAAAUUCUUCCAGUUUAUUUGGUUUUGAGUAAGGAUGAGAUUUGGGGAGUAAGAAAGGCAUGUGCGGAAUCCCUUCCAGAGAUUUCUAAAUGUGUUGAUAGAGAGACGAGGCUAAAUACGUUGGUAGAAUUGUUUGAUCGAUUCGCAGAUGAUGUAAGCAGAUGGGUGAAAAUGGAAGCUUACAAACAAUUAGGAGCUUUCAUUGCAACAUUCGAACCUGAUACACCAGAGGUGCCAUCAUCCAUUCCAGAUUCUUUAAUUCAAUCAUUUAGUGAUAUGGCAUUCCAAAAUGACCAAAAUGAAACAGAUAUGGUCGAAUAUUGUGCAUUUAACUUUCCUGCUGUUGCUCAAAUUAUUGGAAAGACAAAAUGGGCUCAAGUAGAGAAUGCUUAUAAUCACUUGGUUAAGGAUGUACAAUGGAAAGUUAGAAGAUCUUUGGCCUGUUCUUUACAUGAGAUUGCAAACCUCGUGUCUCCUGAGGUAACAGAAACAUGCUUGGCAAACGCUUUAGAACUCUUUUUAAAGGAUUUGGAUGAAGUGAAAAUUGGUGUAAUUUCUAACCUUUCUAGCCUUUUCAAGUUCUUUAGCGAAGAAACUAGGCAAAAAUAUUUGUCAAUAAUUUGCUCCAUUCCUGAACAGACAGACAAUUGGAGAAUUAAGAGCGAAAUUUCUAAACAAUUAGGUUUCCUUGCCGAAUUGGUUUCACCAGAGACCGUAAAGAAUACCAUCCUGAACGUAAUUUUUGAUUUAUAUACCGAUGAUUUUGCAAUUGUACGAAAGAACUCUAUUGUUUCUUGUGGCAAAGUAAUGAAGAGAUUAAAUGAUGAAGAAAGUAAAGAAGGCCAAAAAGAAUUUACUUCCUUCCUUCAUGAGUUAGCUUCAGGAGAGUAUCACAGACGAUUGAUUUUUGUUUUUGCUUGUGAGCAUUUACUUGCUGAAAUAGAUCACAACUUCUUCAUACAGGAAUUUGGCCCAGACUUGGAAAAGAUAUCUAAAGACGUCAUACCAAACGUUAGAUUAAAUUUGGCAAAACUAUUUAGAAGAUGCAUUCAACCAAACGAAUCACUAAGAGAAAAUUCUGUCUUUGUCACUAUCAGACAAACUUUGGAAAACGACAAGGAUAAGGACGUGUUAUAUUUCUUGAAUAACGACUAUAUCGAACCACCUAGCGAUGACGAUUAUUAG